AUGCCUAUAGAUGUAAAACAUUACUCGGGCAAUAGACCAAUAUUGGACAUAAGUGACCCAGAUCUAGUCAAAUCAAUAUUGGUUACCGACUUUCAUGUAUUCUCCCAGCGCUCAGACAAUCGGGAUGCCGUCCAAUACGUGCAGUCAAUGCUUAUGCUAUUUCACAACCAACCCAAUUGGCGCACCGUUAGGUCGAUGUACGCACCCAUGUAUAGCACC